GAAGAAACUUAUAUGCCCCGGGCACUGAAUUUUUCUCCUAUUCCGACCCAGCUCAAUGCCUUUCCCCUUUCGGCCUCGUCAAUCCUUCAUAUUACCCACCUACCUCUGAGAGAACUUCUCUCUCUCUCUCUCUCUCGUUUCUGUGACUCAAUUUUGCUGUUCUUCAGUUUGUUCCUUCUCAAAUGGCCACAAUGGACACAAUCUCCGCCGCCCUGAAACUCGCCGACGCCAAGAAAUCCAGCCUCCGCAAAGCCUUCGACGACCUUCAAGCCGUUGCUCCCUCUCUCUCAUCUUUCAACCUCUCCUGGUCCGACAUCGACGCCCACUUCACCCAAAUCCAGACCCACCUCCUCCAAAGAUUCAAACAGCUCGAAACCCUGGCUGCUCAGUUGCCUCUCAAGUCAUCUGCCGUGGACCCAUCUCCUUCUUCGGCCCCGCCAGCGAAAAUCACAUCCGCGGUCGCGCCGGGGGCGCGGCCGGAGCUGAAGGCCCUCUGCGGGGCCAUGAACGGGGUGGGAUUGAUGAAGUUCCUCUGCGAGCAUCGACAAGAGCGACACAGUAUUCGGUCGGAGAUUCCGGAGGCGCUCCGGUGCGCUUCGGACCCUGCCGCCCUGGUUUUGGAUACCAUGGGUGGGUUUUACCCGCCAUAUUCGAGGGGGGAUAAGGACCCGGAACUGUAUACUACGAGGAUGAACUGCAUUCUGUUGUUGGAGGAAUUGGUGACGAUGAAGCUGGAGAUUGGACCCGAGGUGAGGGAGAAGGCGAAGGAGUUGGCAGCGGAGUGGAAAGGGAAGGUGACUAGGGGAGGGGAGAACCCUUUGGAGGCUUUAGGAUUUUUGAACCUCUUGAUGACUUAUGGGUUGGGUUCUGAAUUCGACGUGGAGGAGUUUCUUGAGUUCUUCGUCAUCACUAGUCGGUACGGCAGGGCUGUUCAAUUGUGUCGGGUGCUUCUCACCAUGGAGAAAAUGCCUAAUCUGAUUGAGAAACUCAUCAGUUAUGGCAAACAACUUUUGGCUGUCAAAUUUAUUUUUGAAUUUCAGCUGACUGACAAGUUUCCACCAGUGCCUAUAUUGAUAUCCUAUCUUAUAGACACCAAGAAGGUUGCUAGAAAAGUUUGUAAGGAUGGCAAUAACUCUCUUCAGUCACUGAAUGAGGCCACUGCCAAGCAAACUUUUGCCCUGAAACAAGUAAUUAAAUGCAUUGAAGACCACAAUCUUGAAUCAAAAUACUCGAAGGAGAAACUUGAAAGACGUCUUGAGAAACUUGAGAAGCAGAAGGCAAGAAGAAAUCGUCCAAAGGUUGCAGCCGCCAUCAAACUACAGCAGCAGCAGCCAAAAUCACAGCAGCGGAAUGGAAACAAGCAUCCUUGGACAACAGCACCAGCUGUUCCAAAGAAUCUUUCUGGUGCCAACUCAACUGCACCCCAUUUCCAACAACCUCAGUUACAAUCUGCAGGUUUGUUGCCAAAUCGUCCUGCCCCAUACUUGACUCCAUCAGCUGGGCCAUAUGGCUUGGUUGGCUCAGCUCCUAGUGCUGCCCCAUAUGCAAGCUCAUCAGCUGGGCUGCAUGGCUUUGCAGGCACCUCUAUGGGUUUGCUGGGGAACCUAAGUCCUACUAGAUCCCAUCUUUAUUCUUCAGGAUCGCAUGUGCCAUCUGGUUAUUACGAUAUGCCACCUGCAUACGGUGGAUAUGGUUCUCAAUACCAUCCAUCCUACUAUCCUCAGUAGUUAUUCACACUGUUUAUCUUUGUGAUAGCAUUGCUUUGGAUGGUAUCAGCUAAUUUUGAUGCACUGGUAUUUGGAAAGCAGACUGUGCUACCCUGAUCACUAUGAUCAUAGUACAGCAACUAGAUCUGGUUAUGAAGUCCUCUUGAUGUUUAUCCAGCUGUUUAACUUAAUUUAAUUUUUGUGCGCUCGUUAAGAAAAAGAAUGCUGUGCUUUUCUGGAUUGUCCAGCUUGAAGCUCAGCCACUUGGCUGGUAUGUUGGAUUUGCGUAGGCAGUUUCACUAUUUAUUUUUCUCUUUUGAUGUUCCGAAGGUUCUUAGGUUGUUCAAUAUUUCUUCUCUCAUCAUUUUCUUUUCUUUUAGAAUUUAUUAGUAGUGGCCCUGUUAUAGUCUUAUGUCCUAGGAUUUUUAUUCUGGAGCUUUUGUUGAAUUUGUUUUUCCCUGGUUUCCUUGGCAAGAUUUGAAAUGAUUUUACGGUUUCUGAAG